ACAAGAACUACGAGAAUGCAAGGCGGAGGCGGCCGAAACCGUCCGAUGCUGCCGCUCCAGACCAUCACGGUCCUGGUCGCCAUGGCCGCCGUGUCGGUGUACUCCCCGGCGGCGCUAGGCAUCCCGAUGGACGAGGACUGCAAGUGCUUCAUGUGCGUCUGCGACCUGGACCCGCACCCGCUCCCGCCGGAGGUGCCGUCCCACCACCACCCGCCGCCGGAGCCGGUCCCCUCGCCGCCGCCGCCAUCGCCGUCACCCCCGCCACCGGCGCUCCCGGCGUACUACCCGCCGACGGAGCACGAGCCGGCGCCCGGUGGGUACUACUACUACCCGCCGAUGCCGUACGGGUACCCGUGGCAGGGAGGCUACCCCGCGACGUACGGGCCGCCGGCGGGGGAGAUGUACCCGCGGGAGGGCAAGGCGUCCAAGUCCGGCGCGGCCCGGCGUCACGGCGGCCACGGGCGCUCCCGCUUGCUCGUCGCCGUCGCGGCGCUGUCUCUGCUCGUGCUCGCUGCUUGAUAUACCACUAGUCGCGCAUGUCGUGCGGUACGGUUAUUAUACGAACCCAUGCGGCCAUGUCCCUUGCUUCGCCGCCGCUAGAGCGUGGCAGUUGGGCAAAGCCAGUCAGUGCCUACUGGGUUUAGUGAUGGCUUUGUGUGCAGUUUAUAACGUGUGUAAACUUUGAAUAUCAGUAUCUUUUGAAUAUUUUAAUUCGACUUUCAAAAAUCA